AUGGGGGCCCAAGGACCCCACGCUCUCUGGGGGCCCAAGGACCCCACGCUCUCUGGGGGCCCAAGGACCCCACGCUCUCUGGGGGCCCAAGGACCCCACGCUCUCUGGGGGCCCAAGGACCCCACGCUCUCUGGGGGCCCAAGGACCCCACGCUCUCUGGGGGCCCGAGGACCCCACGCUCUGUGGGGGCCCAAGGACCCCCACCAGCAAAAGAAAUACCUGAAUGCUCCAGCAGAUUCAAACUAUCGUACAACAUCUGUCACCCGUCAAAAGAUCCAGUUCCGGGAGACUCCGGGAGGCUCUAGGAAGCUCCAGAAUCUUCUACAAGGCUCCAGAAUCUUCUACAAGUCUCCAGAAUCUUCUACAAGACUCCAGAAUCUUCUACAAGUCUCCAGAAUCUUCUACAAGUCUCCAGAAUCUUCUACAAGUCUCCAGAAUCUUCUACAAGUCUCCAGAAUCUUCUACAAGUCUCCAGAAUCUUCUACAAGUCUCCAGAAUCUUCUACAAGUCUCCAGAAUCUUCUACAAGUCUCCAGAAUCUUCUACAAGACUCCAGAAUCUUCUACAAGACUCCAGAAUCUUCUACAAGUCUCCAGAAUCUUCUACAAGUCUCCAGAAUCUUCUACAAGUCUCCAGAAUCUUCUACAAGUCCCCAGAAUCUUCUACAAGUCUCCAGAACCUUCUACAAGACUCCAGAAUCUUCUACAAGACUCCAGAAUCUUCUACAAGACUCCAGAAUCUUCUACAAGACUCCAGAAUCUUCUACAAGACUCCAGAAUCUUCUACAAGACUCCAGAAUCUUCUACAAGACUCCAGAAUCUUCUACAAGUCUCCAGAAUCUUCUACAAGACUCCAGAAUCUUCUACAAGUCUCCAGAAUCUUCUACAAGUCUCCAGAAUCUUCUACAAGGCUCCAGAAUCUUCUACAAGACUCCAGAAUCUUCUACAAGACUCCAGAAUCUUCUACAUGA